AUGGUUAAAACAAGAGCGGGUAGUAAACCACAACCAAUGAACAAGAAUAUUAAUUUAUCUUCUACAAGAGUGCAAAAAGUGAACAUUCAGUCACGGAAGACUAUUAUUACGCAAGUGAACUUAAAUUCACAAGAGUUCUUAACGAGCUCAACUUUACAUUUACAGAAGCAAGAGCCUCGUCCACAAAGCAAUUCGCAGGCUCUUAAAUCAGUUUUAACGAGCUCAAUUUCACAUUUGCGGAAACAAGAGUCUUAUAUACAAACUAAUUCACAACCUUCGAGUUCCAAAACAAUGAAUUUAUCAACAAAUUCGCGCAUGCAGGACUUCCAACCCCAAACAAUUUCACAAGCUUCAAUGCUCCCUUCAUCAUUGAGUUCAACAGGACAAACACGCAUUCAAGGACUUCGUAUACAAACUACUCUACAGACUUCAAAGCCACCUUCAAUAACAAGUCCAACGUCACUUUCACGAAUGCAAGGGCCACGUAUGACAACUACUUCUACAAAAUUGGCAGCGGUUGCAAAACCUUUCAUAGAAACCGGUAAAAAUUCCGGUACAAUACCGGAUUCUGUGGAAAAAGAGACGAUUAGAUUGAAGGAAGUUGAACCUAUUAUCAGCGAACCGUUCGACUUUACAACAGUUCGAACUGAAUAUCAAUAUAAAGACCCACCUAAAGAAUCGCGAAUAAUAAACAUUCCUGAUGCUCCUACCCUUUAUCCAACUCCUGAAGAGUUUCGGAACCCUUAUGCAUAUAUUGAAAGCAUUGCGGACAUAGGUCAUCGUUAUGGUAUCGUUAAAAUAAUUCCUCCCGAAGGAUGGAGACCUUCCUUUGAAUUUAGAUUCAAUACUAGGAAGCAAACAGUCAAUACAAUGGAAGGUCAAACUCGAGUCAAGUUAAAUUAUUUACAGCAAUUGCAGAUGUUCCAUGCUCAGCAAGGGAAGAAGAAUUUUGUGAAGCCGCCAUUAGUAGAUCGAACUCCCAUUGAUCUACAUCUCCUUGCUAAGGUCGUCGAAGCGAAAGGAGGUCCAGAAGAGAUCUCAAACAAAAAACAGUGGGCCGAAGUCGCAAGAGCAAUUAGACCAGAUGGUUAUUCAGCGAAGUGUACUUCGCUCUCCAAAACAAUCAAGGAGAAAUAUCAGGAAAUAAUCGAACCUUAUGAAAAAUUUAUUGCUGAAGUAAAGGCAGAAUGUAGGGAAGGUCGAUCAAUUAACUUACAGAACGAUCCUGAUCAUGAAUCUGAUCGCAUGGAUGUCGAUGAAAAUAUUUGUGGUAUAUGCGACUGUAUUAUUAGGAGCGAUCCAUUGAAAUGUGAAGGAGACUGUCAAACGGCAUUUCAUUUGAAAUGCCUCAAGAUUAAACGCUCACAAAUUCAUCCUGAAGCUAGCUGGCAUUGUCCAAAAUGCUUAUUCUUAUUUGGGACUAAAUUCGGUUUUGAGCCCAGCGAUACAUAUACGUUAAAGGCCUUUCAACAAGUUGCUGAUGAUUUCCGACGAAGAUAUUUCGAGAAGCGUCCCAUCCCACAAGGGACCUCCGUCGAAGAUCAUGUCGAGAGUGAAUUCUGGAGAUUAGCUAUGUCAUCUGAUCAUGAUACGGAAAUCUUGUAUGGAGCAGAUAACAGUUCUAAUGAUUAUGGAAGCGGAUUUCCAUGUAGUAAGGCCAACAGUACCGAUCCUUAUAGCAAGGAUCCCUGGAAUUUACGAAACCUUCCGAAGCUUCCUGGAUCUCUUUUGAGCCACAUCAGGCCAGCAAUACAGGGAAUGAUGAUCCCCUGGUUAUACGUUGGCAUGAUGUUUAGUGCUUUCUGUUGGCACGUGGAGGAUCACUAUACAUAUAGUAUCAAUUAUAUGCAUUGGGGAGAAACAAAGACGUGGUAUGGCGUCCCUGCUGAAAGUGCCACGAAAUUCGAGCAAGCUGCAGGAAGGCUGUUGCCAGAACUCUUCCAGAAUCAACCAGACCUUUUGAGCCAAUUGACGACGAUUUUGAAUCCUAAAGCGCUUAUGGGUGAAAACGUCGAGGUCUUCGCAAUCGAUCAAAGACCAAAUCAAUUUGUUGUAACAUUUCCACAAGCUUAUCACGCUGGGUUCAAUCAUGGUUUAAAUUUCAACGAGGCAGUGAAUUUUGCGCUACCCGACUGGGUAGAUUUCGGACAAAAGUCCGUAAAUUAUUAUAAGAAAAUUAGACGUGACCCAGUCUUUUCCCACGAGAAGCUACUGGUAGACAUAGGUCUAAAAAAAAUUAAUAGUUUUAAGGUUCUAAGCUGGUUGAAGAGACCUUUGACCGAAGUCUGCCAGAAAGAGCUCCGACAACGUUGCGAAGUCGCUUCUUCGUUGCGUCUCCAGGAGGCCACCUAUGAUUUGACCGAUCCAAAAGACGAUGAAACGCUAUGUACAAUUUGUAGAAGCUGGACUGGUUUAUCAGCUUUACAAUUCAAUUGCACAAAAAAAAAGAUUUUGUGCUUAGAAUGCGCAGAGCACGUCAAUACUAUCUGCAACUGUGAAGUUUCAUGUUGCUAUCUUAGAGUACGGUAUUCGGAUCGACAUUUAAAAAGUUUGGAGCAACGUGUCAAUGAUUUAAUGCAAAUACGUAAAGACCGUUAUAAAGCACUCAUUAAGCACGUUGAUAAAAUAAAUGCCUUUACGCUGGAACAACUCACGCCUAUUGUCGAAACAAACUUUUCAUACAAAUUCGGUCUUCCUCUGGAUGAUAUAGAACGUAUAGUUGACGAAGCUAUAAACUGGGAAAAUAAUUUAACUCUCGUCGCGUAUGAAGCAGCGCGAAAUAUCUGGCCGAUUGAAUAUCAGGACGUACCACUGAGUGAAUUCGACAUCACCGACUUUUUAUAUGAUUGGGAUUGCAGGCUAAAAAGUGUUUAUCAAGCCGGUAAUGACAGGAAAAGUUAUUAUUGCUUCUGCCGUGGCAAGGAUGAUGGUAGUAAAAUGAUUUGCUGUGAUAAAUGUGAUACUUGGUAUCAUUGUGAAUGUAUCAUAAUGAAAGCCGAAGAUACGUCUAAUUAUGAACAUUGGUACUGUGCUAUGUGUCGUGCGCCAAGGACUGCACGAAUUAAGUUCAAUGAAAACAUGAGACGGAUAGAAACGCUAGCAAAUGAAGCCGAGAAUCUCCACAUUAACCUUCCGUGUACAAAUGCCAGUUUCAUCACAGAAGUAAAUGCGGAAUUGAAAGGAAUGGUCAACAAAGGUGAUAUAAAUUCAAUUCGAAUAGGAGUUGGAUUAGGAUUCGGUGUUCCUCUGGAUGGCUCUGUUGAAGAUGACACCGAAGAUGACACAGAAAUCGUCAAUCGCGUUGAAGAUGUCGGAACAAAUUCAAAACGUGUUGAAGAUGAUGUGGCUGAACCAAAAAAACGAAGGCGGGCCUGCAAUGAAUAG